GGUGUGCUGCAGUCUGCUCCCUGCUGUUGUUGAGUAAACUACAUGGACAUUAACGGCUUCAGCGGCACAACCACCGAGCCAGAGUGGAUUAGAACAGCGUGCGUGCGCGGAGAGCCACUCGAUAAACGACUGUGUGACCAAUUCAGAAAUAUCGGCGUGCAAUAGCAAGUCCGGUACACCAGCUUGCAAGCUGCGAAACAGCAAGGGAAAGGCUCUUAGUAAACUCAGUAUAGUGCCGUGCAUUGUGUGUGUGUGUGUGUGUGUGUGUGAGAGAGAGGUUGUGUGUGUGUCAGGCAGGGAGAGCUCGGCGGGAAUGGCUUCAUCUCCGUGCGGCAACAGUAACUUUGAUUCCGGUCUGGAAAUCAAAACUCGCUCGGUGGAGCAGACGCUUGUUCCUUUAGUGUCGCAGAUCACAACUCUGAUCAACCAUAAAGACAAGCCAAAGAAGUCUGAGCGUACCCAGGCAGCCAUACACAGGGUGGGCCAGGCAGUGAGCGUGGCUGUGGGGCGCUUUGUCACCGUCGGGGAGGCCAUCGCCACAGAGAACCAAGAGCUCAAGGAUGAGAUGGGUCAAGCCUGCUUCGAGGCACGCAGAGCAGGUGAUGCCAUAGCCCAGCUGACAGAUGUGGGAUCAGCCUUGCCGUCCCAGUCAGACGGACUUGUCACAGUGUUCAGUGAUAGGACGGGGAUGGUGAAGGCUGCCCGCUUGCUCCUCUCUUCAGUCACUAAAGUCCUGGUCCUGGCUGACCGCAUCGUCAUCAAACAGAUAAUCACAUCACGCAACAAGGUGCUGGUUACCCUCGACCAUCUGGAAAGAGUCAGCACCUUCCAGGAAUUUGUACAGAUUUUUAGCCAGUUUGGCAACGAGAUGGUGGAGUUUGCCCAUCUUACCGGAGACAGACAGAACGACUUGAAGGAUGAGAAGAAGAAAGCACGGAUGGCAGCAGCCAGAGCAGUGCUGGAGAAAUGCACCAUGAUGCUCCUCACGGCUUCCAAGACCUGCCUGAGGCACCCAGAUUGCGAGUCGGCGCGGAUCAACAAGGACGCGGUGUUCCACCGGAUGCGCUGUGCCCUGGAGCAGGUCAUCGAGAUAGUCACCGAGGCACGGAGCUGUGGGGAGAACAAGAUCCUUCCUGUCAGCAUCUAUAACGGCAUCAAGGACUUCAAGUCCAGCGUGCAGUGCCUGCGGGAGAACCUGAACUCCUUGUCCCCCCAGAGCGUGGGCAGCCAGCUGGAGGCGCUGGUGGAGCGGACAGAGGACUUCACAGAUUCGGCCUACACCAGCCACGAGCAGCGGCAGGCCAUCCUAGGUCUGUGCCAGCUGGCGCGCCAGGACACUCAGCAGCUGGUGCAAUCCUGGGCUGAGGCGCAGUCUGUCCAUGCCAAAGAAGCCACAGAGGACAUGGAGGUGGCCAUCCUGAAGACAUGCCAGAGCGUCAGUGACCUCAGACGCGAGCUCCAUAAGGUGGCAGUCAUUCGUGCCUCUGACUUGCUCAAAGUUCAUGGGGAGCAGUUGCCUCUCCAGGCUCUCAAAGCUGCAGGCGCCGAGGGAAACCUGGAGGCAGUGGCGGAGUAUUCACGCACACUCACUGAGCAGAAGGAGCAGCUGGUGGAGAAUUGUCGGCUACUGUGCCAUGUGUCGGGGACAGAGCCUCUGGAGAUUACCUGCAUACACGCUGAGGAGACCUUCCAUGUCAUUGGUCCACAGAUCAUCUCGGCAGCCCAGACGCUGGCCCUCCACCCGUCCAGUAAGAUUGCUAAGGAGAACCUGGAGGUGUUCUGCGAGGCCUGGGAUUCGCAGCUCUGUGACAUGGCCCUGCUGCUGAGAGAGAUCAACGACGUCUUUGAAGGCAGGCGAGGAGACAAAAGAUCUUAUUUGUCACUUCCCAGACCCGGAAAACACUCGGCUAACUUGAAGACUGCCAAGGCUGUCAAGUUGGACGCAGAGGAGCAGACAAGCAUGGCCAAGCUGGGUCUGGAGCUCCGUCUGCUGUCGUCAGACGUGGACACGGAGGUGGAGAAAUGGGAGGAGCAGGAACACGACAUUGUCCGACAGAGCCAGAGCCUGGCCAGUAUGGCAUACAACAUGUAUCUGUUCACCAGAGGGGAGGGGCUGCUGAAAACAACACUAGACCUUUUUCAUCAAGCUGAGGUUCUGUCUGAAGAGGGGCUCCAGCUGUGCUCAUCUCUCCUCUCUUUUUCCACUCAGCUAGUUGAUGAGGAAAAGUCUGUGGUGAUGACAGAGAUGGAGAAAAUGGUGGCAUUAUGCCAACAGCUGCAGAUGGGAGCCAAGACUCCUGUACAGGGCAAGACUGCCACCUUCCAGAAGGUGGACUCAUCCAUUCAGACAACCAGAGGUAUCUUGACUGUGGUUCUCUCCCUUCUACCGUCCUGCAACAAGCUCACCAGAAAGUACAAAUCAGAGAGGAGUAGCCUGGGUUCCCCGCAGGACUGGAGAGAGAGGCCGGAUGCAUCCACACCUGUCAAAGAGGAGGGAGCUCUUAACAACAAGAACACCAACGGCUUUGGUGCCAAAUCUCUGGAGCAACACAUGGCCGGUCUUAACCUCCUUGAGAGCAAAUAACCCAGAGAAAGGUCCUUUGUCCCCUAUUCUCCCUUGGAGCAGCACAUAGCUAACCUCCCCUUUCUGGAGAACAUCUAUUCCAGGAAGUACUUUACUCCCCUCAUCCUCAUGCACCCAUCAAUGAGUGGGCUAGAGCAGUGUAUGUGGUGAAGAUGGAUGCCUCGGUUCAUUUAGAGUUUGUAUCUGUUGUCUGGAUGAUGAAGUGUAAGGUUUACAGAGGAAAAAGCAGAUCCAAGCUUGCUGUGCCCAGGGGAAGUUUGAACCCAGGGUAGAUGUGUUACCUAAAGCACCGGUUCCACACCAGUCCACCAGAUGGAGACAAUCAGCCAACACUAUGACUUUGCCACUUGCUGUGAGCCGCCUCGCUGAUUUUGGAGUCACUUUUAUCGAUUCUCUGGAUAUUGAGUUGAUAAACUGAUCAGAAUCAGGGAAAGAACUUCUCUUAAUGCUCAGCUUAGCCGUACAUCUGUCUUCACUUCGUGCCUCUGUGUUACAAGUCAAAAUUGCUUCGUGGUAUACUGUAAACGUGUUGCACAUGUUCGCCAAAUUUUAGGGGGGGGUGCAUGCAUGAUGCGAUCAUCACCAAACCCUUGUGUUUGAGUCUUUUGUGGUCGUGUCAUAGGCUUGUAAUGUUAACACUUUCUCUGUAAUAUUAGAUAUAGUGGUACACUGUGUCCUGGCAUUCUAUUCAUCUCACUUGGAUAAAUAAGUAUUUAAAAAGUCAACCACACCAUAUGUUUAAUGACUACUUUCCAUACAGUUUGCUAUGGAAUGUUAGCCAUGUUAGUAACAAAAUCACAAUUUAAUGCCAAAUAUGAUUGUGCUCAUUAAUAAGCUAUGAUCUUCAGCUUGCUACUAGUGUGAAAUAUAAAGCUCUUACACCUCCAGUUUACAUCACUGGAUGGGCCCGGUUUCUCCAAAAAGUCAGGUGAUAAAAAUAAAAGUUUAUCACUCGGAUGCUUUUGGGUUGUCGGGACCUUUCUUUAUGCUGUCCUGUUAUUAAAUCAUAGUGUGUAGUUAUACAGACAUCUUUUUUUAACAAAAGAACUGAAACAUAAUUCUGAACUGGCACCGGUGUCAAAUGGAGCCUUGAAGUGUACUUGUUAUGAAGACUAUCAUUGUGAAGCUGCCUUACAGGCCAAUAUGUAAAUGGUAUAUGGUAUCUAUAAUAUGGUACUUGAAGCAUAGCUAUAAAUAAAUAUAUAUAUACAGUAUGUAUCCUAAGGUAAUUACUUUGGUACUAGAUGUGCGGUGUGAUGACUAAGAUGAAUAACAUACAUUAAGCUUUAGAGAUGCUCUGUACAGUGUGAGAGCAGCUAAGGAUGCUGGGUAUUGUAGUUGCGCUACAGAUGUGAAGAAAUCGUAGAUCUAGUUUUGGACCAUCUAUUCUUUUGGCAAUUGAAAGGUUAAUAAAAGUGACACAAACAAAAUAAACUAUUUUUCUUAAAUCCCUGUUGGUUAUAUUUAUUGACAUUCUAGAAAAAUAAUUCAAACGGAUUAGUUGGGGAUAUUAAACAGACAGACUUCAAGUAAAUCAUCAUGCUUUCCUCUAUUUCAAAUUAGAAAAAACAAAUGAAGAACUUGAACGCAGGGUGCUUCCUGAAACAACGUACAGAAAUAUGCAAUAGUCUCUUUGAAGUGACCUCACUCAAGUGUCACUCUCAAGGAUAACGUCCUCAGUCUUAACCCAACCUGAUGAGAGUCAGAAUACUUUUGACGCAAAUAAGGCAGGAACGUGGCGCUCGGUCAUGAUGGUUGAGGUUGGGCAACAGCACGUUUGGAGACAACGCUCUCGAACUCCUCUCUGCUCAGAAGGUUCUCCGUUAUGGUCUUGCUCUCCUCAAACUUUGGCAAGAUGACGGCAAUGUAUCCUUCAGUGGACGGCUGUUUAGAUUUGACAGACAAAGCACGAUUAAAGCAUUUGUUUUAAUAAGAUUAGAUGACACUUCAAUGAUUGUGGGAGAGAAACUAUAACAGCCAUCUAGUUAUAAAUGAUAUUGAACAGUGUUUUUUUUAUUUUAUUAUAUUCAAACAGUGUUAUAGAAUGUAUGGCCUUAUUGAAGAGG